UUACUAUAUUCUAGCACUCUCCAUCGAAUAUAAAGAGAGUGUUACCGUAACGUCGUGCAGUCUCUUAGCGGCAUCAUUGACGUACACUACGUGAUUUCUUGUCUUAAGUUAGCGAUCCUAUUUCGUUUGGAGUGUUUUGCGUAUUGAUAUGCGGAAGCAUAAUCAUUCUGUUAAGUAUUUUGACUAUAUAUGAGAAACAUUACAUACAAGAAGAAGGAGACACUGAAAAAAAAUAUAUAUAUAUAUAUACAGUAUAUGCUGUGAUUCAUUCAAGAGAAGUAACAUCGAUAAAUAUUUUUAAAAAUGUGGACCGUUGGAUCAUUAAUCAGUUUCCUUGGUCUUCUACAAAUAUUGCCGUAUUACGUAUCGGCUCAAGGUACACUGCCAUGUGUCAAUCCUUUGGGAGCCAAUGGUAUUUGCAUAAAUAUUAAACAGUGUCAACCGUUACUACAAAUUUUGCAAGCACAGCGACCAGAAACGAUCGAUUUUUUAAGAGCUUCCGUGUGUGGUUUCGAAGGUAAUGAUCCACGUGUUUGUUGUCCUAACAAUGAUAAUGACACUGAUGACAAAGAAGUUAAAAAUACAUCUUAUGGCCCUCUACAACCACCAAUUUGUGGUACCAGUCAUGGAGAACAUAAUAGAAUUGUUGGCGGUAUACCGGCAACAUUGGGCAGUUGGCCAUGGAUAACAGCUUUAGGUUAUCACAAUAAAAAAAAUCAAGACAUACCACGAUUUCUUUGCGGUGGAACUUUAAUUUCUACUCGACAUGUUGUCACAGCCGGACAUUGUGUUUAUCAACGAAAUAAUUUAUUUAUGGCACGUCUCGGAGAAUUGGAUUUGAACAGUACCACAGAUGGUGCUGAUCCUAUUGACAUUUUAAUCGAAAAUAAAAUUCUACAUCCACAAUAUAAUCCAACGAGUUACACUAACGAUAUUGCUAUUAUUAGAUUAGCAGAAGAUAUUCCAUUUUCACGAAAUAUUCAUCCCAUUUGUUUACCCGUUAUCGAACCAUUAAUUAAUUCCAACUUUGAAAAUACCUUCCCUUUCAUUGCUGGAUGGGGAUCAGUUUAUUUCAAUGGCCCAACGAGUAGUCAUCUUUUAGAAUUACAAAUUCCUGUAGUGAAGCAAGAUAUAUGUAAAGAUUCAUUUAAAUCAUUCACGAAUGCGGUCAUAGACAAUCGUAUUAUAUGUGCUGGUUUUGCUAGAGGUGGAAAAGAUGCGUGCCAAGGUGACAGUGGUGGACCAUUGAUGUCUACUUAUAAUAAAAGUUAUUACCUCAUUGGAGUUGUGUCUUAUGGAUAUCGAUGUGCAGAACCUGGCUAUCCUGGAGUUUAUACGAAAGUUUCGUCCUUCCUUGAUUUCAUCAUAGAAAAUUUAAUAUAAUAAUGAUUAUAUUACAAUGACCUUUCAGAUCAUAUUGUACACAUAAUAAAUCUCAUUUUUCAAUUAUGAAAGUAGAUGUUAAUGUGUGUAUAUAUAUAUAUUUAUAUUAUUGAUAUUAUCUUUAUAUUAUGUUUGCUUUAUAUAAUUGAUUUCAAUGUGCGCGCCUAAAAACAAUGUUCUGAUUGGUCUAAAUCGCUUAUAACGGAUGAGUCAUAUAUUUGUUAACACCGAUAUCACAUAUCUCGCACUUUCUUUUUAUGUCUCAUGUUUUUGUAUCGUUUUAUUCAAAUGUGUUAGAGUUAACAUUAAUGUACAAAGCAAUAUUGCAAUCAUUUAUAAAAAUAUAAUAUUUUUUACUAUUGAA